AUGAGGAAACGUCACUAGUGUAAAUGACGAAACAAAAAAUUUACAUCAUCUCAUCAAAAAUGCGUCAUCAGACGUCAGCUGGCCUCGUUCCGAUGGCUGUGAUGGAUGUGGGACAGGUGUAUCGGCGACGGCGAUAAGAUUUAGGAACGGUACAAGCACAUCAAAGCGACGAAAUUAUGGUCCAACAAUCCCAAGCUUCGGCAGAAAAAAUUGGUCUUUGCUCCCAUUGAUUGCGUCUUCGGAGAGCGAGACCAGGAAAAUGAACCAGGAGGCUUCUUCUUUAACUGCCGAAGAGUGGACGCAGCUGGAGAAAGAUGCGAAACUUCAGGAACUUAACGAGGAGACCUCCCGCAUUGUCUUCCCGUCCCUCGUCUUCUGCGUGCUAAUAAUGACGAUCGGCAUCCCAGGCAAUAUUCUGGUCUUCGUGGUGUACGCGUCGCAGUUCCGGCCGUCCACUACGCGCGUCUUUAUCAUGGCCAUGUCUUUCUGCGACCUGUUCACCAGCGUGAUUACCCUAUCAUUCAUGAUACAUAGACUGAGGCACAUGUACAAGGUCCCUGUACCGUCCUUAUGUGUGUUUCUAGGUACCGCUGCUCAUUUUCCCAUCAUCAUGUCCAAUAACCUACUAAUCUGCAUGGCCAUGGACCGCUGGAGACGUGUCUGCAGACCGGUUGAGUGGCAGCUGAGCCCCCUCCACGCGAGUCAGCUCGUAGUCAUGUGCUCCAUCCUGAGCACCUUCUUUGUGCUGCCUGUGAGUUUGCUUUACGGAGAGAGAAGGUUCGACACGAAGUAUGCGGGACUGCAGGGCAGGAUUUGUGACUUUACCAGCACUGACAACGCACGUUUGUAUGGGAGGUACUUGCUGCUGUACGUUGCAAUCUUGCUGGCGUUCGUGGGCUUUUCCUACGGCAACAUCAUCUUCCGAUUAUACCAGCAAGACAAAAAGUUCAGUACUAAGGGUAUAAUGGAGGAGCAGUCAAGUACGAGUAUCAUCACACAGGGCAAGAAAAUGAGCGACUCGGAUGUUAUUGAGGUAAGGUCCACACAAAGUGAAACUCAAUGCAAAUCUCUGGAUCUGAAAGACGCUCCUAACACCGUCGCUUCCAAGCCACUCACGAACAUUAGACCACCAGCCUCUCCUCGAGAGUCAGUGGCGGCAACCGCCUCUACAUCUCGCAAACAAUCUGCGGUGAAAAAGGUCAAACAAACUGAGAAACAUAAUUCUGUUAACGAUAUGAAAACGCGUGUUUCUUUCCCAGCUAACACCACAGAUGAAAAAAAGUCUACCCUACCUACGGAAGCGCCCUUGCUCAGUACUCGCAAAUCAGACUCCCUUGGACAUGCUGAACCCUCCUUAGACACCAGAAGCUCAGUCGAUUAGCAGCUCCACACACAUCUCGCCGCUAAAGAAAACGGAGAGCCAACACUUCAGACACAAGUCUACUUUCCAAUAAGACCUUGAUGAUGAUGGUUUUGACGAUCGUCGGCAUUAUUUUGUACAUUCCUUACAUCAUCGUGAAGCUCAAAAAUAAUACAGUCAUGGUUAACGCCGCCAAGAGUGAUCUCGAGCUGAACUUAUUUUGUUUUGCCCGCACGUGCGUCGCCGUCAACAGCAUCUUAAACAUUAUCUUCUUCACCGUGUGCAGCUCCAACUUUAGGUCCGCGUGUGAACAUUUUUUUACGUCAAAAUACUGACUAAAUGUUGGCAAGUUGCCAGUAGUGAGUUGCGUGCGGCUGUUUAUUGCUUUGAUAUGAAAAGAUUCCAACUGUUCAUGAGACAUGUUCAUUUGACAUGGUUCUUCAAAACUUCGGAUUUGACCCCAGCCUAACCUGUCGAAACGUGAUCUUUAGUACGCUGGCUUAAGGCUGACAGUAAUGAUAAAACUAUUAAAGGGAAGUGCUAUGGUGUA